AUGCUACACCGGAAUCACAACAGCGCCCUCUCUUGUUUUCAUUUCUCCUCAACUACCCUCCGCUCCAGCUUCGGAAGUUCGUCAACCAUGGCUGAUCGUACGAUACCUUUGAUCUUGCUAGCUGUGGCAAUCUGUGCCAUUGGUUGUUCCCAUGGUGACAGUGUGACAUCACAUGCGCACAGUGGUUCAUCAUCAUUCCUGGCAGCGGUAUACCAGCAUGCAGUUCACAAUUGGUACCUACCCAACAUAACGCACCGGGAGGCCCUGAAACUAAUGAAUACAAAUGUCGAUGUCUACGAAGUGCAGGUCAAAGUUGCCUCUUCAAAGGGAGUCUCCAUGAUUGUUUUUCCCGAGUACGGAAUCACUGGUUUCCAGUUGUCCCACCUAUCCAUAGAUCCGUUCCUGGAGUAUGUUCCAAACCCCUACAAGACCAGCGUCAAUCCCUGCAUCCAAGCAGAAUUCAAGACAUCACCCAUCUUGCAACGCCUCAGCUGCCUUGCGCGUAAGUAUUCCAUCAUCAUUGUUGCUAACUUAGCAACAAUGAUACCUUGCAAUGAGAGUCGUCUGCAAGACCGGGACUGCCCGACAGGUGGAGUCUAUAAAUACAACACCGAUGUCACUUUGGGUGCGGAUGGUAAGUUGCUUGCUAAAUACAACAAGGAGCAUCUCUAUGCCGAAGAGCUGCUUAUGUUCCAACCUGGCGAAGGCCCGGACAACUUGGCUGUCUUCAAAACCGACUAUGGAAUCUUCGGACUGUUCACGUGUUUCGAUAUGCUGUUCAAGGAGCCCGCCGAGUCACUCCUUGAUAGCCUGGGCGUAACUAACAUGGUCUUCCCAACAGCCUGGAUGAAUGAACUACCAUUGCUUAGUGCAGUGGAGUAUCAAGAAGCAUGGGCAAUCAGAUUUGACGUCAACCUGCUGGCUGCAAACAUACAACUCCCAAUUGCCUUAAUGACAGGUGGAGGGCUGUAUGCUGGCGUACAAGGUGCUGUUAUCUACCAUCGCGAUAUGACUGACUUCCACGGAGAACUCUUGAUUGGGAAGUUGCCGGUACGCCCUAAAAGGCCACCGAAAAUAAACACCAAAACUUUCAAAGAUCUCAGCGGACAAAUCAGAAAUCUCACCCCAGAAAACCUUCAAAUGGUUUCUCCCAUUGUCAAAUCAAUCCUGAAAGACACGGCUCAGUCAUCUUGGAGCGAAACCAUGAAGAGCUCUGAAUCCUCUCAGGAAAUCAGAUUUUCAUCUUCGUUCACCACCCCUGACAAGUCUUCUGACAAGCCAUUUCAAUCACUGAUGAAUCAUGACCUUUACACAUUCGUUCUCCUGACUCAGAACACUGCCAGUUUGUCUGUGUGUAGUGGUGUUCUGUGUUGUCAUCUUAAUUACACCUUUCCUUCAAUGUCAUCCACCAAACGAGACAUGUUUGCAUUGGGUGUCUUCAACGGGCUUCACAAACACAACGGCCAGUACUAUGUCCAGACCUGUGCCCUGGUCAAAUGCAGGCUUGAUGACCAGUCCAGUUGCGGGGCAGAAACCGUCCAAUCUAACACACGACUGGAGAGUUUCAGUUUGGCCAUUGAGGGAUACGACCAAGAAAGUCGGCUUUUCCCUUCAGUUCUGACAUCAGAUGUGCGUCUGGCAAUCAUCGGUAAAGAUUGGGAGAGCGAGUUCCCUUUUGACCAUAUUUGGAGUGAAAGUGGAACAGAAGGCUAUCUUCUUGCGGCAAAUAUCUAUGGGAGAUGGUAUGAGAAAGAUUAAGAUUUCCCUAGGCCCCACCUCUCCCCAUUUGUGCAUACUCCUGUCGGUAGGUUUGCAAUUAUGCAGAUCAAUUUGAUUGAAUAGUCGUGACGUUACUGAGAGGUCAACUCAGUGCAACCUUGAUUAAUGGUUCAUGCUUGUUUUAGUGCACAUUUAAUGAAUGACUGUCCAAGAAUUUUUUUGUUCCUGUCACUUAAUUUAAUAUGUGAUUUUUACAACUGACUUUUUAAUACAGUACUUUCUGUAUGAUUUAAAUGACUUCGUGGUGAAUUUUAAACAUUAAAAUCGGGUGAUUUAUUAAUAAGGCCCCCAAAAAAACAUUCAGUCUCUGGUCAGACCAACGUUCCGUAAUUGACGCGGCGACGCGGCUGUUUUUUUUUUUUUUUGCUUUUUUUUUUCUUCAAGCUUGGAUUGUACAGACAAGGAGGGGUACUACAUGUAUUUUGCUUUUUUGGUGUCCUCGUGUACAUUGGUGUCCUCCAUAAUUUGCCUUGGUGCAAUUUCCCAUUCCUUGGUGCUCUUUGGUAAAAAAAAAUUGAGGAGGUGCGGCAAAAGAGGGCGCUGACCAGAGACCGACUUAUUAUUUUUUUUGGCCUAAUACACCAUGUAUAUAGUAAAUUUUAAUCCCACAGUGAACAUCGAAUUUAAACAAAUGUAAGAGAAAAAAAUGAAGAUACAUAUGCAAUGCAAAUAAUUGAAAGCGUCUUUUUAGAAUUCAGUUUAUUCCCUCUAAUUGGUUUAUUUAAAUGAUCUCCACCAACAUUCAUAAUUGCCUAAUAACUUUCUUAAAUAAAAACAAUUAUAAUAUAAACAUCUCAAUUUUUAUAUUCUUAUAUCGUUCUACAAAAUUUUAUAAUUUGAAAUUAUAGUUGUGAAAUUGAAAUAAAUAAUUUUAAUUUCUACAUUGUUUAUAUUAGAAAAGAUGUACUGUAUAUACUCCAAGAAACAAAAUUAUCACAAAUCACAUGUAAGUUUCAGUUUCAACAAUUCUACAGGGUAU